AUGUUCCAUUCCGCUGGUCGAACGCUCUUACGAUCGGCCCCGUCGUCCGCUUCGUCCUCGAUGAACGUCGUCGCUCGACCAGCGUUCCGGAGUGUCGUCCUCGGCGCCACUACUAGGGCCACUCCCACUCCCACUCCCACUCCCGCUUCGUCGUUCCCUUCCCCCUACCUGCGAUCCUUCUCCACCACCCGACCAUCCCGCUCUGAAACACCCAAAGCAGAGACCAGUAACGCAGAAGAGGGCGCCGCUUCGGCUACGGCUUCGGCUACGGCUACGGCAGCACCGACGGACAAGACCGCCGAACUGGCGCAGCAACUCGAGGAAAAGAACAAGAUCAUCGCCGAGCUCAGGGUCAGUCUCGGCAGCUUACGUUCCUUUACCAUCCUCUCUUACCUCUUGUGAUGUAUCGCCCAGGACGCCCGCUUGCGUUCUCUCGCGGACUAUGAGAACCUACAAAAGAUCUCGACGAGAGAGAAAGCCCAAGCCAAAGACUUUGCUCUUCAAUCGUUCGCCAAGGACCUCAUCUCCUCGAUCGACAUCCUCGUCCUCGCGCUUCGUUCGCUACCUCCGACCAAACUCGAUCCUUCCCAAGGCGCUACCAAGGAUUUGAUCGAUUUACAUCAGGGCGUUUCGUUGACCAAGGAUUCGAUCCUCAAGACGUUGGAAAGGAAUGGGGUCAAGGCGUUCGAUCCGACGGGGGAGACCUUUGAUCCGAAUCGACACGAGGCGUUGUACCAGGCGCCUGUGCCGGGCAAGGAACCGGGGACGGUCUUGGAAUGUCAGGAAAUUGGAUGUGAGUCACCGCCCAGGGGGAGCUGGUGAAGAGAAUCUCUAAUCGAGGGGAGGCGAAAAUCUCACUUCGAGCCCUUUACGAACUCGUUGCAGAUAUGAUCAAGGAUCGCCUUUUGCGACCAGCCAAGGUCGGCGUGGUUGCUGGUGAAUCCUCAUAA